AUUAAUAUAGUUUAAACCCAGAGCUCACCUAGAGAGUAAAUUAGAGAAGAGAUUCAAGGACAGCCCUUGGGCACGUCAAGGUUAAGAGGCUUGAGGAUAUGAAAAGGAUGCAGCAAAGAAGACCAAGAAAGCAACCUGUGAGUUGAACAUAAUGGCAGGCGAAGAAAUUAAUGAAGACUAUCCAGUAGAAAUUCAUGAAUAUUUAUCAACAUUUGAGAAUUCCAUUGGUGCUGUGGAUGAGAUGCUGAAGACCAUGAUGUCUGUUUCUAGAAAUGAGUUGUUGCAGAAGUUGGACCCACUUGAACAAGCAAAAGUGGAUUUAGUUUCUGCUUACACAUUGAAUUCAAUGUUUUGGGUUUAUUUGGCAACGCAGGGAGUUAAUCCUAAGGAACAUCCAGUAAAGCAGGAAUUGGAGAGAAUCAGAGUAUACAUGAACAGAGUCAAGGAAAUAACAGACAAGAAAAAGGCUGGCAAGCUAGACAGGGCUGCGGCUUCAAGAUUUGUAAAAAAUGCCCUAUGGGAACCAAAACCUAAAAAUGCAUCCAAAAUUGCCAAUAAAGGAAAAAGUAAAAGUUAACCUUUUGGUUUUGAUGUACACAUAUUCAAAAAGUACAUAAUUUUUAUUGUUUUCCACAAAAUAGAUGAUGAUUAUGUGCCAUUGUAAGGUUUAAAUUAUUCCAUAUUGAAUUCGUGUGUAAAAUUUGCAUUUUAAAUUUGUAAUGCUAAAUACUUUUCCCCCAGAAAGAUUAAGUUAUCCUUAUUGAUUUCCCUAUAGAACAUUAUGUGGUUUUUUUAACAUUGUGGUAUAUUUUAUAUUUAUAGUUUACUGUCUCUUGACAAGACUCUUAUUUCCUUAUAUAGGUCAAUUUUUCAAGUGCCAUUUUAUAAGCAACUAUGAAAUUUAAGUUAAAUGUUCUUUGCAAACAUUUGUCUAUUUUCGAUGAAUAAUGAUUUUAUGAAGUAUGCUGAAGUUUUAAAUACAUCUGUUUUCACUAUAUAAUAUUAGGAAAGAAAGAAAUGACUUAAAUGUCCAUUUUUUCUGUGAAGUUAUUUCAUUACGCUUUCAUGAUUUUGGGAAUUACUGCUUUUUGUGAUAUUUGAAGUAUGAAAUUAAGACUUUUAAGGUUAUUCUUUAAUUCUUGGUACUUUGCCACUGUGUCCCAUUUAAAGUAAAAUAUAUUCUCUUUAACUUUAGAUGGGAAAUGAGGUUGUAUAUUGAUGGCUGAAUUUUGGCAUAAUGGCUGUACCCUAUCAGUAAAGCUGUAAGUGUUGUGUAGCUGACCUGUUUUUUAUUUUUCUCUUUUGAGUAAAUUUUCUCUUGAAAUUAGGAAGGUAGUUUUUAGAAAUCCUUAGGAAUGGGGGAAUUCACGAGUUUUUGUUCCUUAUGCAUAGUGCCCACAGUUCUCUUGGCCUCAUGUUUUCAGAGUUUUUUAUUGUAUGUUUCUGAGGCUAUAGCAAUUACAUAGAAGUAUUUUGGAACAACUUUGUAUGUUAUUUAAUGCCACUUAAGCAGAGGAGAAAUCCAAAGGAGAUUACAUUGUGUUUAUAUUCUGAUUUAUUUUUCUGCAGUAUUUGCUACAGAGAAUUCUAAAUAUUAAACGAAUUUUUUUAUGUCUAAGCCCAUGAAUUUUAAUUAAUGCUUUCAGUCUUUGAAUUCACAUCAUUAUGUAUAGGAAUGCCAAGUACAGUAAAAUACUUUAAUUUUUGAAAAUGAAGUUGUUAAAAUUUUUUGUGUGACUAAUUCUCCAUAAGUAACCUUGAAUAAAUGGAUUUCUUGAUUUAUGGUAGCAGAUAUUGGAAAUGGUCUUAAAAUGUAAUGGAUUUUGUAACGCAUGUUGAACUCUUUCUAUGACACAUGAAGAGGUGGUCACUGAUAGAUGCACAAAGACUUCUGGCUCAGAUGUCAGACGAUUUUUGAAGUGGAAGAACACUUAUAGUUAGUUCACUCCUUUUUUCACCUUCGGCUCCUCAAAAUUCAAAUUUUUUUUUUUAAAGUAACUUCUUCAUGAGAGAAAUAAAUGUUAUUAAGAUCAAAUA